GUUGUGUUUCAUCAUCUGCUUGGAAGGUUGCCGCCUGCCGUGUCACGCGUCGGCCCGCACGCGUAAAGUGGGCCGGGUAGGAUCAUUUACUUGUGGAAUCAUGCUGUGUAUUUCAAUGACAUCCAUCUCCGUUCUUCGGUGUUUGCUGACUGUCCUUUUCAAGGCAUGGUGAUCUGCACCUACAAUAACGAGCGCCUCAUCGCAUGAUGAGCAUUGUGAUGCAAUCAAGUUUAUUGUGAGCUAUCGAGUUGUCCAGUGACAUUCACUCGCAUUGGUAGUCACUUCCUCUUUUACUGGUACCAUAAGCGCAUGAAUGUUCACUCGAAACUGCCUCUUGCCUGACCCGUUCGUGCACUCUUGUUGCUUGUCCUUAUUUCUUUCUUCUGUGCAACCUUACAUUUGGUUGUGCCAAUAGCCUGCAGCUGGGCUGACCUUCUCUUCCGUCAAUAUGGCGAUCCUGGAUAAACUUGAGGUCACAAUUUCAAGUGAUGGAAGAGAAUUCCAAGAGUACGAAGCUGAUGCUGACGAGGUCGAGGCCAUGAAGAACGAAUCUCCGCACAAAGACUCCCCUCAUAUCGUCAAGUACAUCGAAGCCAUCCCAGGGGCCGAGUUCCAGGUCAACUACACUUUGAUGAGAAACUUUUCUUUCGGCGUGGGUAAUCACGUUAGCUUCCAUACCAGAAUUGAUGGAGAAACAGUCUGCGGUCCGGCGGUCACACAGGAGCAGUACGACCCAUCGCUCGGUCUUACCACAAUUCGUGGCGGUGUUCGCAGUGGAAAGGGGUAUCAACGUGAGGAAAGAUCAUUUUACUGGAGAGAUUUGGUCACAACGGAUGAGAAGACAAACGCCACCCCUGAUGAGGUGAAGGAGAAGUACGGCCAGCUUGGUACGAUCAGAGUUAUCGUUUCGCGUAAAUCGGGAUCUCGAAUCAUCGGCAAGGACAAGGAGAAGAAGAUCACUUUGUUCGACAAUCCUGUGCCCGAAAAGGCUCUCAAGGGUCGCGCGAUCGAUUCAACCAUGGGGCUACAAGCUCCACGAGCAUCUAAGAGACGGACCGUGUGGAGUGGAGUGGACAUUGAUAAAUGCCCUCUUGCCGUCUUCAUCUUCCUGUAUAGAAGCGGAAAUGCAUUACAGGUCCUCGACAUUUUGCCACGAACUCCUGAGCCUGUGCCAUUGGAGGCAAGAGACCCCGACUCUCUGACUCUCGAGGAAGCAAGAGAGCUGGCCCGCCGACAAAAGGCGCAUCGGGAAGCUUCAAGAGCCAAGAUCAAGAAGGAGGAGGCCGAGAAUAAUCUGCGACAGCUGGCCGCAAUACAAGUCAAGCGAGAGGCGACCGAUAUGUUUGUGGACGAGGACGAAGGCAUCGACAUCAUUGCUCCCCCUCCCAAAAAGCUGCGCCGCGAGCCCGAAGUCAUCGACUUGUCCGAUUGAUAUCUCAGCCUGGAAGUGAGAGAAUGAGAACAUCAGCAUCUUGAGAGUUGCAUCUCUGUCUUGUUACAAUAUGAAAGCUGGGUCAGCCACCACCCGGCUAUGAUCGAACUGUUCUCGCUAUAAGGCGACCGAACCAAGCCACAUCAUCCCAGACACCAGCUGGCCUUGCAGGAGGUGGUUCCACAGAGCUGUCAGAUAGCGUACUAGCAUUUUCGGCUUCCGUCGAAGGUAUUGGGGCCAAUUCAAGCCUGCGAGCCUCCAAGUCUUCACUUUGAUAGUCGGGCAUAUCCUCUAAGCGCAGAAAUACAUCAACCACUCCAUCCAUCCAUCCUCCCAGACGGUAUCGCGAGAUUUCUUUUCGCACAU